UUAUUCCACCGCUAUCGAGUUUAUUUGUAGGCUGGCAGGUUGUGAGUUAGUAAGAUGGCGACCGCGGCGGUUGAGUUCCAGAGAGCUCAGUCCCUUCUCAACACGGAUCGCAACGCGUCAAUCGAUAUUCUUCAUUCAAUAGUGAAGAGAGAUGUUCAAGAAGAUGACGAGGAGGCGGUGAGAGUUAAAGAACAGAGCAUCCUGGAGCUGGGAACCCUCCUAGCCAUGACGGGGCAGGCAGCAGAAUUGGGGGGGCUGCUGAAGUAUGUGAGGCCAUUUCUGAUCUCCAUCAGUAAGGCCAAAGCAGCCCGGCUGGUGCGAUCCCUGCUGGACCUGUUCCUGGAUAUGGAGGCGGCCACUGGACAGGAGGUGGACCUCUGUCUGGAGUGUAUUGAAUGGGCCAAGUCUGAGAAGAGGACCUUUCUGCGUCAGGCUCUUGAGGCCCGUUUGGUUUCUCUGUAUUUCGACACCAAGAGGUACCAGGAGGCAUUGUUGCUCGGGUCUCAGCUGCUUCAGGAGCUGAAGAAGAUGGAUGACAAAGCUCUGCUAGUAGAGGUGCAGCUCCUGGAGAGCAAGACCUACCAUGCUCUGAGCAACCUGCCUAAGGCCCGUGCUGCGCUCACCUCUGCUAGGACUACUGCCAACGCCAUCUAUUGCCCCCCUAAACUGCAGGCUGCUCUGGACAUGCAGUCAGGAAUCAUUCAUGCAGCUGAGGAGAAGGACUGGAAGACUGCCUACUCCUACUUCUAUGAGGCCUUUGAAGGCUACGACUCCAUUGACAGCCCACGGGCUAUCACUGCCCUCAAAUACAUGCUCCUCUGCAAGAUCAUGCUCAACUCUCCAGAGGACGUGCAGGCUUUGAUCAGUGGGAAGCUGGCUCUGCGAUACGCCGGGAGGCAGACAGAUGCUCUGAAAUGUGUGGCACAAGCCAGUAAGAACAGGUCGUUGGCUGAUUUUGAAAAGGCUUUGACAGAAUACAGAGUAGAGCUGAGGGACGACCCCAUUAUCAGUACCCACCUGACAAAACUGUAUGACAACCUGCUGGAACAGAACCUGAUCCGUGUCAUUGAGCCCUUCUCCAGGGUGCAGAUAGAACACAUAUCGGCCCUCAUAAAACUCUCAAAGGGUGAUGUGGAGAGGAAAUUAUCACAGAUGAUUUUGGAUAAGAAAUUUCAUGGUAUCCUGGACCAGGGAGAAGGUGUACUGAUCAUAUUUGAUGAACCCCCAGUAGACAAGACCUAUGAAGCAGCUCUUGAAACAAUUCAGAACAUGAGCAAAGUUGUUGAUUCACUCUACAAUAAAGCAAAGAAACUAACAUAGAAAUCAAGAUGGCAGGCAGUGGAGAAUGCGUGACUGGCAUGUGGAACUUUUCACGGGAGGAAGAGAGGUGGGGGAAAAGAGGGGGAACAAGAAAAAAUAUCCCAAAAACUGAAGCAGUACUCCAGUUUUUAACUUCUCCUUCAAUGGACAAAACAAACUUUUCAACUGUAUUAUCACUUUUUUUUUUCUUUUUAAGAUGUUGUUUUUCAGGAUUCUCUGCAACACUCAGUGGCCCCAGCAGGCAUCAGGGAAUAUUGUACAAAAACAAUAAAACAUAUAAAAACUAUACAUAUAUGUGUGUGUGUGUGUGUGUGUGUGUGUUGGGUGGGUGUAUGUGUAUGAAUGUGGGCUGUAUGUGUGUGUUGUAUAUGCACUUACACACACACACACACAGUCCUCCUGCAGAAUACACCAGUUAGGCAGGCAGAGCUUGACUACUUCUGUUGCCAGGUACAGUGUUGAGACUGUAAACAUCUGACAACACGUUGAGUACGGUUUUGAUCAAGGUAACCUUUCACCUCUGCCCCACUGGUUGUAAAGCUUUCUAAAAGCAUAUUGACUGGUUGUGGAUGGACAAAAAAAGACCGGGAAGAUCAUAAGUCUCUGCUGGGCUGAAUUAGAUGCUCAUUCAUUCUGUCUCAGCACUGUUUUUACAGAACAUUGCCAAGCAUCCAUACCUGUAUGUAAUUAAAGUCUAUCAGUGCUGCUUUUGUACUGAUGCCAACUCAAUGGAACAUGUUGGUUUUCAUUCUUAAAUACAAUAAACUAAAUUCUCCAUGUUUUGCAUUUUAUUUCUCCCUAUAGUUCUGUGCUACCUCUGUUUGGGUCAUCAGUCAAACCAUAGAAUUCGGAAAAACCUGUUAGCGCUUAUUCCGUUAAUGUGUUAGAAGCUGUAGUACAAUGCAGUAUGCUGUUAGCCUAAUGGUUUAUAUUUUUCUUUUCCACAUAUUCCUGUAUUUAAACAUCAUGUCUGGCUCAAGUUUGAAAUAAAACAUUUUGAGGGUUACUGCAGGGAGCAUUGCUUGGUAUUUUGAUGAAACUAAAAUUCAGAUGUCUUCUGGGAUAAGUGCUUACUCAGAAGUAGUCAUAUUUGGUCUAAUUGAACUUUGUGGGCAGAGUAAAUGGAAAGCCAGAUACUGCUCAAACAAUGCAUGAGUAGCCAUUGAACAUAUGUCAACGAGCCAGCUUUCUGGUAAGAAUCUUUUUUUUUCCAUUUACUUCUCGUCUUCACGGCAAGUAAAGAUGGGUUUUUAAAGAGCCUCUUCAUGUAAUCUGGUGAAAUUGUCUGCCAAGCAGGAAUUGGGUCCAUACCAAGGUUUCUUAGGUUAUGUUUCUUAUUUUCUGUCUUUGUUGAGUGAUUUGAGGAUUUUUGCAAGCUCCCUUUUUUAAUUGAGCACUUGUGUUUGCUUCGUAUGUCAUCAGUCCUGUACAUUCAAGGCAAGCCAUUGAUGGGUUUUGGUGAUGCUGUCUGCUGUUUUCUUGGGUGAUAGAAAGGUCAGAUUGUUGGGUUCUUCGGAGGACAAAGGCAGGGAUUUAGUGGGAAAUUUCUAACUCCUUAGGAACUACUCGGUCUGUCUUCUGCAAACACUAAUCUGUAGUGCCACAAAAUGCAAUGUAACUGAGCAAGAUUCUGCCCCUUUUGGCUCAAUUGUCCGACUUUUAGUUUCAACCGAGUAAGUGUGUGUCUGAGUUUUUACUUUCCUUUUAAAUCACCAGAAUCACUCAUAUGGGUCUAUCCACAUAUGUAGAAAAGUAGUUUUGUUGCAAGUUGCGCUGCUUACAGAGAAUUGCCUUUUGUAUUGAAUUGCAAUGGUCCUAAUAAAACAAUUUCCUGACAAAA